UGCUUGGCUUUCCUGCGUCAAUUGCGCCAUCCUCGGACAUUGAUUGAUUGACACUUGCCCGGACACCGCUUUUCUCAAUCCGUCUAUGACAACGAGUCUGGACUCGAUCUCUUGCAGUACGACUGUUACGACAAGACGGAGUUCGCGCUACUCAAGAAGGUCGACACAUUCUCCAGCUCACCUACUCCCCCGGACGCCAAUUGAAACAUCCUGCUGUCGAGCUAUCGGUCUCGUGACCUCGCCAGGCCAUUAGUCUCGACCCAAGGGAGCAUCUCGUGGGAAGAAACAGGGUAACGGCGAUGGAGGGCCGGUACGUUGAGAGUGCCUACGCGAUGGGCCCUCGGAUUCCGGUCAGGCGGCGUGCCGCCAUUAGCACGACGGUAUCGACCCUGGGAUUCCGAGUCCCCUCUCGGAUUUUAGUUGCACGGGCGGAUUCGGAUGAGUGCAAGAAUCCGAACGGCUGUACGAAGCCAAUUGGCGCGAGCACGACAACUAUUGCCAUUGUUCUUGGAAUCUUCAUUCCUUUUGUCGUGGCCAUCAGCGUUCUGUUCUACCUCCACCGGAGAAAUGUGAGGAAACAAAGACAGGAAGAUCUCCAUGAUCCCCACAAGUCGUUGGAUUUCGGGUUAGAAGGAGGCGGCCCCGCCAAGGAGUCGCGCAAAAAUCUCAUCAGCAGGGAGAAGGAAGGCGGCCAGCGCUUCAACCGUCAGCAGAUGUCGAUGGAUAUGAAUCUGUCCAGCCCCUACCUUCUCCCCCCGGACGCCCACAACUCGCGCGAAUCUCUCAACUCGCUGGCCAAGUCGCUUCAACAGAACGAGGACCCUUACAAGCCAGUGGCCCAAUACGCCGGGAGCGAUGUUGGCUCAAUUCGUUCCUUCCGCAGGGGAAAUGAGGCCCCUUCCGUGUACAGCCGUUCGCGUCAGAAUUCGAUCCCCAUGUCGCCUCUUCAGCCUCCUGAGCCUAGCCACACGAGACCGGAGCAGCCUCUGCCAGAAUCCGCCGGCAGCCCCGCAGGCGCCCCGACCAACGGACCUCUGCCGCCCAUUGGAACUGCGGUUUCGGACUCGCCCGACGGACAGAAUGACAAAUCGGCAAUUGGCACUGCGAUCCAAGAACCGCCCGCUGCCGUGCCGAAGUCGCUCACCGUGCCGCAGCCGUCGCGUUCUCAGCCGAGCCCGCCUGACUCCGGAGUGGCUGUGGAGUACGGUGAUGCAGGCAGAAACCCGUUCGAGAAGCCGGUGGCCCAGGAGGUGGAAACUCCAACAGAGCCCUCCGCCGUCGGCCUCGGGCUCUCCUCUUCUCCGCCCCAACCCCAGCGAGCAUCUAUCCGGUCGUCGACCUCUUCGUACAAGAGCCGAGCCGCGAGUCCCCCCCCGCAGAAAGAGCAGAAUGCCCCGAUGUCGGCCCCGGUCAUUGAGGAGCCGCGGCCUGUCGGCGACUACGACUUCGACUUUGCGGAAAUGCCAGAGAUGCCUCAAGACCGGCGUUCUCCGUCCCCUUCUCCGGCAAAUCACAAUAGCAGCCAACUCGAUGUGGACGAGCCGAGGGGCCGGAACAUGCAGAGGACUUCGCACUUGUUCGAGCAGCAGAACACGGCCAGUCAGGGUGGCUUGGGUGUUCCUCAGCAGGACAACCGUCGUCUCUCGGUUGGUUUCCGCCCACUCCCGCCGGAUGAUAUCAUGGAGUCGGAAGACCCCGAGUACAGGGCGAACCGCAUUCGGUCCUUCUACAAAGAGUACUUCGACGACACAAAGGCUGAGGAUAGACCGCCAGUGCCGCCGAUGCCGCCAAUGGGGCAGAACGGCCACCAGCACCAACAUCAUCAGAGCAACGCGAGCUACUACGAGGACUACGACGCCAACUACAUCCAGGAUGCCCCCUACUUCGAUCCUGCCACCAACUCGUUUGUCAUGCCGUAUGCGCAGCCCGUCUCCCGCAGGGCUAUGACUCCUCCCCCGUCCGGCCAGAGGUUCCCGGGUCCAAGGGGACCCCCCCGAGGCUCGCAUGGAUCUCAGGCCAGCGCGAGGUUCCCGCCCAAUAUGCGUGGACCCCCUCGGCCGGGCUCGUCCGUCUCCAACCAGCUCGGCGGGCCCUCUCGUCCGGGAUCUGCGGCCUCGGGUCCCUACGGCCGCGUCCGCGCCGGCUCUGCCAUGUCGGGCAGCCGCUCCGGUAGCCGCGCGCCCAAGAAACCAGUGCCCCCUCCUGCCGACCUUCCGACGCUCCCUACCCCGUCCAAGCUUGCUGACGACUCCUUUGCCCUCUUGAACGCCGCCGACUUUGCACCGCCAGAGACGUUCGCGGAGCGCGCCCGCGGCCGCUCGCAGAGCCCCUCUGGGGAGCGUCGCCCUUACAGGAUGCCCGUCCCUGCCCAUUCGCCACUAGCCAGUUCCUAUGACGAGCUCCCUGCGCUUCCGAGCCCGCAUCUCCUCCGCAAGUCGGGCACCUUCACUGCCCUUGAUUUUGCGCCGCCCCGCAAGUUUGCCGACCCCGAGACCGCCAGCGAUGCCGGCUCGAUCCGGAGCAACCGCAGCGGUCUUUCGGCCUUGCACGUCAACGCCAUCCGCAACGGUGCGGGACGUGUUAGUAGAUUGCCCGGCGACCAGGUCUUCACCCAAGCGGCCCUGAGCAAGACGCUCAAGCCGCAAUGGGGCAUGCGUGACUAAACCACCGCUUUUGGCCUACUGUUCCCCGUUUGGUUUCAAUCACGUUCAUCUGAACUGGUUUUUGCUGGCCCGCAAUCACUAACGCUACGUCUUCCCCCCCCUUUGAAUUCCAGGGCCAAGUGUCAGGCGGCCUGAUGGCGUAUACUACACAAGUCGGUGUCUUCGGUGUCAUGUCACGUCAACAUCUCUUUGCAGCAUGUCUCGGGCGUCCUAGUAUCG